AUGGCACAAUACUGGUCAAGAAAUGCCUUAAAGUUCUUUUUAAGAAGACAUAAAUGUAUUUACAGGUUCCAAAGGAUUCAUCAUUAUUCUUCUAUGUCUAAUGAUAAAAUCUCUAAGAUAGUGGAUCAGAUAAGCUGUUUGACAUUGAAAGAAACAGCAGAACUUGUCUCUCAAUUGAAGAUUCAUUUAAAUAUUCAAGAUAUUGCACCUGUAGUUACAUCAGUACCAUUAUCUACUUCUGAACCAGUACACCAGGAGAACGAUGAAGAAAAGGAAGAGAAGCGCCUGUUUAAUGUAACUCUUGAAUCAUACGACCCUGCUGCAAAGGCAAAAGUUAUUAAGGAAAUCAAGUCGAUUUUAGGACUGAAUCUUGUGGAAUCCAAGAAAUUUGUAGAGAGUAGUCCAAAGAUGCUUAAAGAAGGUGUGAAUAAGGAAGAUGCAGAUAAAAUAAAGAAAACAUUUGAGGAUUUGGGUGCAAAAAUAUCUUUAAGUUGA